AUGAGCUAUGACAGAGCCAUCACCGUCUUCUCCCCCGACGGGCACCUCCUGCAGGUGGAGUACGCCAUCGAGGCCGUUAGGCGGGGCGGCUGCGUUGUGGGCGUGAGGGGAAAAGAUGCGGUGGUGCUUGCGGUGGAGAGGAAGGCAGCAGCGAAACUGCAAGAGCCCAGGACUAGCCGCAAAUUGCUUUUGCUUGACGACGGCCUGUGCUGCGCCUUUGCGGGACUACAUGCGGACGCGCGGGUGUUGAUAGCGAAGGCGCAGCUGGAGGGUCAGAGCUACCGGCUCAACAAUGACACACCACCUACAGCAGACUAUAUGGCCAGAUACAUUGCACAAGUGCAGCAGAAAUAUACUCAUAGAGGCGGUGUGCGGCCGUUUGGGUUAUCUACGCUGCUAGCUGGAGUGGACGGGGAGGGCAAGGUGGCUCUCUACCAAACUGAGCCCUCGGGCAUAUUUGCGCGAUGGAAGGCACAAGCCCUCGGCAGGAACUCAAAAACAGUGCAGGAGUACUUGGAGAAGAAUUACAAAGAAGACCUGAGCGAGGAGGAGGCUUUCUCUUUGGCGAUAAGAGCCCUCACUGAAGUUGUGGAAGCCGGCAAGAAGAAUGUAGAAUGCGCAAUUGUGCGCAAGCAUGCAGUUGAGUUUCUUCCAGAAGAGAAAAUCGCAGCAGAGGUGGAGCGACUCGAGGCUCAGAAGAAGUCUGCAGAAGAGGAGGUCAAGCCCUCCGACAGCUAA